AAAGGGUGUUUGUGUGAGGUUUUAGUACUCAAUGCACCCCUGGUUCAAAAGUCUAAAGUAUAUGAUGUCACAAAGUCUUGAUUGAUGAUACACUGUCGCAUGUGUGAAGAGGUGUGAUGAUCACACCAUAUUGUGCGAAUUCUCUCUUCCCUCCUCGUGUAGUAUUUCGGGAGAAACUGGAGUGAGAGCAUUGUGGUAGGAGAUGUCUGCGGAGGGAAGGGAUGCGUCACUGGAUUAGUGCCUGAGAAUCUGUCCCAGCCUCUUCCUCCUGAGCUGCUGAGACGCCUCCAGAAGGACUCGACAGUCCCUGCUCGCUUUCCCUCCACCAAGCCUUCCACAUGAGCCAGCCGAGCUUUGCCUCCCCACCAGGAUGAAGAAAGAAAAGAAAACACAUGCUUUACUGUUUGUCCUCCUAAUUCACUUCGGCUUCGCCAGGCAAUCAGACUAUGCUCCAUAUUUCUAUGAUAAUGGCCCCAGCAGUACAAAUGGGAACAUGGCCUUGUUCAGCAUCCCUGAGGAUACACCAGUUGGGACACAAGUGUACAUUCUGAAUGGCACAGAUCCAGAAGGAGAUCCAGUACGAUAUGGUCUGACUUUUGAAAAAGGUUCCAAAGAGUAUUUUAGGGUGGACUCCAAAUCAGGGAACGUGACUCUAAUUCAGGAGCUCGACAGAGAGAAACAAGGUGAAAUCUCAGUGCUUGUGAGCAUAACGGACGGUCGUAACAAGGUUGUUGAGACCGUGAGAGUGUUUGUCACUGAUGCCAAUGAUGAACCACCUGAAUUUCAAAACCUGCCUUUCAUCAUUGAUAUCCCAGAGGAUACUGCCCCGGGAAGUAGCAUCUACAGAGUCCAAGCAGUGGAUAAAGACAUGGGCUCCGGGGGCAGCGUCUCAUAUUAUCUACAGACCUCGCCAUUUGCCAAGUUUACCAUCGAUGGGCACAGUGGUAUCCUAAGAGUCAAACCUGGUGAGACUUUGGACUACGAGACCACACCCACACACUUUGUUACGGUGGUUGCAAAGGACGGAGGUGGAAAAUACAAGGGGAAGCACCAGGUGUUGACCUCCACAGCCACCAUUACAAUCAAUUUAAUUGAUGCCCAAGACAUGCCUCCAUCCUUCAUAGGAACCCCUUACUUUGGCUAUGUAUACGAAGUCUCAGUUCCUGGUUCUGAAAUAUUCACUGUGUACGCUAGAGAUGGAGAUCAAGGAGAUCCCAACCCAAUACAUUACUCCAUUAUGAAUGGUAGUGAUGGUGUGUUUGACAUAAAUAGCACCAGUGGAUGCAUCACCCUGGCAACUUAUCCAUCUCUGCUGAAAAACGAAUUGUAUGAGAUUAAAGUGAAGGCCUCUGAGGUAGGACCAAACAAUCAACUGCUGGACUACGACGUCACAACAGUGACGGUGCGGGUGGUGGAUCUCAACAACCACCCUCCGACAUUUUAUGGAGAGAACGGCCCACAGAACAAGUUUGAGGUCACCAUGUAUGAGCAUCCCCCUGCAGGGGAGAUCCUCAGAGGUUUUAAGAUCACCGUCAAUGACUCCGAUCAGGGUGCAAACGCUAAAUUUAAACUGAGACUUGUGGGGCCGAGUCGAGUGCUGCGAGUGGUUCCCCAGACGGUGCUUAAUGAAGCACAGGUGACCAUCAUUGUGGAAGACACAUCUGGCAUCGACUAUGAAAAGGGACCGACCCUUUCUUUCAAGCUGCUGGCUGUGGAGAUCGACACUCCAGAGAGGUUCAGCGCCACAGCUGACAUCGUGAUCAACCUGCUGGACACAAAUGACAACAUCCCCAAAUUCACGUCCGAGUAUUACAUCGCCAGGGUCCCUGAGAACUCUCCUGGGGGCUCAAGCGUUGUGUCUGUAACAGCAAAUGAUCCAGAUUCAGGGCCUUGGGGUGAAGUCAAAUACACGAUUUAUGGAUCAGGAUCAGAUUUGUUUACGAUCCACCCGUCAUCAGGCCUCAUCUCCACGCAGCCGUGGACCAGCCUGGACGCUGAGGUCAGGUCUAAAUAUAACUUUUACAUCAAGGCUGAAGAUUCAGAGGGGAAGUACAGCUUGGCUGAAGUCUUUGUCACCGUCCUUGACAUGAACGACCACUCACCAGAAUUUGAUGAAGAACUCCUGGAAAAGACAAUGAUUAUUGGUACACCUGUCAAAGUGGAGGCAGUGGAUGAAGAUGCAGAGUCUCCAAACAACGUCAUUGAAUACUCAAUCAUGACAGCUGACCCUGACAACGCUUUUGAUAUCAAUGCUGACACUGGGGAGAUUAGGCUGAAGCCUUACAUCAAGUCCAUAGAGAUUGUGCAGAACAUCACCAAACAGAAGGACUGCAAGUGGUCUGUGGUGGUCCAAGCCAGGGACAGAGGCUCUCCAUCCUUCAGCACAACGGCUGUGGUCAAUAUCGACAUCACCGAGGCGACUCCUCUCAAGGGGCCUAUGGCAGCCUUUUUAAUGAAAAGUAGGGACAAUCCUAUGAAAGCUCUAGGCAUGGUCACUGUUAUCAUUAGCUUACUGGUAGGGAUGACGGUCUUGAUCUCUACAGCUAUGUACAUGCGCAACUCAAAGUCAAACAGGAUCAUGCCGGCACGUCGCAUCAUUAAGAGGCGACCCAGGGACCAGCAGCCCUGGACUUUCAGGAUGCCCAUUAUCAAAUUCAACGACCCUGCAGAUAAGUUUGUCAUCAACAACCCAGAGAGCGGCCUGCAGAGGGGCACCAGCAGCCCCCGGCCAAAGCCUCCACCCCCCAGCGCUCCUUGUCUGCCCCCUCCACCACCAUCUAACGCACGAUCGAGUGAGAAGCCCCGGGCGGUCCCAACAAUAUCUGGUGCUCUGGCCUCCAAAGGCUCCAAGAAAGCUAAACCCAGUCGCCGCAAAGAGGGAAAUGUCAGCUCUGCUUUAGUGUCAGAGCUUAAAAUGAAGUUGGAGCAGAAAAUUAUUGAGAGUAACCAAGGUUAUUAUUAAUCACGCAAAUGUUUAAGAUUCCCUGGUCUGUUCUUUGAUGACUCAAAUAGUGCAGGAGAGUUGUCACCUGAACCUCAUGUGAUGAUCUGCUAAUGUGGGCCCACCUUCAGAUUAUUUAUGAGUGGUAUGGGGAGUAUUUCAGGAAGGUUUACAGAUAUUUAUGUCUAUAAGAUGAGAUAUUAAACAUGUGGGCUCCACUGCAUCCUCAGCUGACCUGGAGAAAGGGGAGAGCUUGACUCUGUCACCGGUGCAGUCGAAGAUAAUUCACCACACUGCCAUCUUGAGGAGGAUUACAUCAUCUUAACAUUUAGAAGCACCAGUGCAAAUUGUCCAGGAAGAGGAUUACUAAGACUUACUGUGAAUACAUAAGUUACAUAACUUCCUGAAAAGUGUAAUGUUCAUGACCCUGUAAUGUUUUCAACACAAAAUUCAGAUUUCACCAAUUAAAUCGUAUUAAAAUAAAACAUUUCUUCUCGCUAACUGGAGCGUGCAGCUGAAAAACACAGUCAUGAAAAUCAACACUGCAUCUUUUAAAGUGCUAAAGGACCCAUGUUUUAAUAUUUUUACUGUGUUGCAUCAGCCGCUUGAGCGCUGAGAAUUUGCUCUUUUGUAUGAUUACAAUGUGCCACUGUAGGUUUUCACAAUAACACAAGUUAACAGAGUUGCUUUUAUUUAUGAGUGUGUCAUUCUAGAAAAAUGCUUUUAUAUAAACACCAUGGGUCCAUUUUAAUGUACAGUAUUGUGUUAUUUUUAUUAUUUUGAAAAUACAUGUAUGAAAAAAUAUCAAUAUUUACCAGUUGUAUCUUGCAGCAGUAAACAAACAUAAAGUACAAAUGAAACCAUCUAACACCGCUAGUCGGACAUUGUUACAACAAAUUAGUCACAUGCUUAAGAUUUUCAAGCACAGAUAAUAAUGUAUAUAACCUACUUGGACAUUUCUUUCGUAGAUAUAGAGUGUGGGUUGAACACACCGUUACUUUCCAUGUUACUCUUCAAUGCCUUCAAAUUUAGGCAAAUAAAAAUUCUUUAAAUGCUGUAAUACAUAUCUUGUAUCUGAAUAUAUCAUAACUAUAUUGAAUAAGUUGAGAUAAACGAUACAUGUUAAAUAUAAAUUACAUUUGCCUGGUCCUACGAAAUAUCAUAUUUGUACCGUCUUUGUACUGUCUUGAUUUUGAAUAAAUAUUUGAAAAUAAUUUAGCCUGAGCUUCAUUUUGUCCGAAGGCCA